GAGAGAGAGACACUGUUACAUAUCCAGAUAAGGCUAACAGGUGAUUGCUUCCUGCUGCAGAGCACGCGGGAUGCCACUCACACUCCUGCAAAGAAACACACUCACAUCCUUCCACUGCCCCCAACACAGCAUUGUCAAAUGCUGCAGACACAGUCCUCUCAUGUACAGCCCAGUUACACUCCAGUCCUGCCCUGCAGCAUGGGUUACCUUCCUGGUGGCUCUGAACAUGGGGAGGAGUCUCUGGUCAUUUCCAGGCAGGGUGCCUGCUUGUCUGUGAGCCUUAUUCAUGUGCCAGAGUGGGUCCCCUCUUAACAGCAGUCUUGGGGGUCCUCUGCUAUAAUGGAUGAAACUAGAGCUGUGGGCAUGGGGGCAUUUCAGGAAACACCAUUUUCUGUGUUUUAUCAGUGACUUGAACUGGGGAGACGAGAGGUAAAGUUGUGUGGAAAUGAAAAUUCCUCCCAAACUCGCAUUCAUGAAUCACCAGGCCUGGAAGCCAGGGAGCUGUCAUUCCUGCCCAGCCUGGCUGCGCUCGAGGAGCGCUCUGUGAGGAUGGGCCUGCUGGCAUGUGGCCCAGAGCAUGGGGCCAUGACCUAACACUUAUUCAGCCCAAGUGGGCAGGUCACCCCCUGUGUCUCCUUUUAUUUUUGAAGAUCUAUAAUCAUCCAGCUUGGGGCUGGGCCAUACAGAAAUCUCAGCAGCCACAGUGCUACUUUAAGAAAUUUUGUUUCUAACCUUGGAAAAAUAGAGAACCGUGCAUUCCCUCCCUCCCCUCUGCAGCCCCACCUUCUCCUUGACAUGUGCCCACGGUCCCCUGGUUUUCUAGGUGUGUUUGUUUUGCCAGCUGUGUUCUCAGAAGCUUGGGGAGAGGGCUCUAUCCCAGCCUGGGCUGGUGACUUCAGCACACUGGGGAGUUUGGGCAGAUCUGGCUUUCCCUUUAUUUGCCCUGUUGGCUUUUGGGGAAUUUUAGUCCUUUUCUGGGCAGAGCAAGGUUGGAAGUCUUGCUGCUAGUGACAGGACUCUGUCUGGUAUCAUUUGUCUUCUUCCACUAAGUUUAGAAAGGACCUGGGGGCUACAGGGAGUGAUAUUCCCACAAAGUACUCAAUCACCCUUUAUCCAAGUGUAGGAAUCCUGGAGCUCAGGAAGCAAUGGAUGGAAAAUGUAUGAACUUGAGCUAAGGGGCCCAUCUAAGGGUGACAUUCAGCGUUCCUAUUUCUCAUCUCUCCCUGCCCUCAAGGGAUUCCAGACUUCCCCUUACCUCUGCACCAACUGCAUUGAAGUGACUCUUUGUUUACCUCCAACAGAACUGCACCUCUCUGGAAAGCUCAGUGACUAUGGUGUGACAGUGCCCUGCAGCACAGACUUUCGGGGACGCUUCCUCUCCCACGUGGUGUCUGGCCCAGCAGCAGCCUCUGCAGGGAGCAUGGUAGUGGACAUGCCACCCACACUACCGCGACGCUCCAGUCACCUCCGGGUGGCUCGCAGUCCACCGCAUCCAGAAGGAGGGACCCUGUGGCCUGGCAGGGCGGGGCGCCACUCCCUCUACUUCAAUGUCACUGUUUUCGGGAAGGAACUGCACCUGCGCCUGCGGCCUAAUCGGAGGUUGGUAGUGCCAGGAGCCUCAGUGGAGUGGCAGGAGGAUUUUCGGGAGCUGUUCCGGCAGCCCUUACAGCAGGAGUGUGUGUACACUGGAGGUGUCACUGGAAUGCCUGGGGCAGCUGUUGCCAUCAGCAACUGUGAUGGAUUGGCGGGCCUCAUCCGCACAGACAGCACCGACUUCUUCAUUGAGCCUCUGGAGCGGGGCCAGCAGGAGAAGGAGGCCAGCGGGAGGACACAUGUGGUAUACCGCCGGGAGGCCAUCCAGCAGGAGUGGGCAGAGCCUCAUGGGGACCUGCACAAUGAAGCCUUUGGCCUGGGAGAUCUGCCCAACCUGCUAGGCCUGGUGGGGGACCAGCUGGGCGACACAGAGCGGAAGCGGCGGCAUGCCAAGCCGGGCAGCUACAGCAUCGAGGUGCUGCUGGUGGUGGACGACUCGGUGGUUCGCUUCCAUGGCAGGGAGCAUGUGCAGAACUACGUCCUCACCCUCAUGAAUAUCGUAGAUGAGAUUUACCACGAUGAGUCCCUGGGGGUCCAUAUAAAUAUCGCCCUUGUCCGCUUGAUCAUGGUUGGCUACCGACAGUCCCUGAGCCUGAUCGAGCGCGGGAACCCCUCACGCAGCCUGGAGCAGGUGUGUCGCUGGGCACACUCCCAGCAGCGCCAGGACCCUGGCCAUGCUGAGCACCAUGACCAUGUUGUCUUCCUCACCCGGCAGGACUUUGGGCCCUCAGGUAUGCAAGGGUAUGCACCCGUCACUGGCAUGUGUCACCCCCUGAGGAGCUGUGCCCUCAACCACGAGGAUGGGUUCUCCUCAGCCUUCGUGGUAGCUCAUGAGACCGGCCACGUGCUCGGCAUGGAGCAUGACGGUCAGGGGAAUGGCUGCGCAGAUGAGACCAGCCUGGGCAGUGUCAUGGCGCCCCUGGUGCAGGCUGCCUUCCACCGCUUUCAUUGGUCCCGCUGCAGCAAGCUGGAGCUCAGCCGCUACCUCCCCUCCUAUGACUGCCUCCUCGAUGACCCCUUUGAUCCUGCCUGGCCCCAGCCCCCAGAGCUGCCUGGGAUCGACUACUCAAUGGAUGAGCAGUGCCGCUUUGACUUCGGCAGUGGAUACCAGACCUGCUUGGCAUUCAGGACCUUUGAGCCCUGCAAGCAGCUAUGGUGCAGCCACCCUGACAACCCCUACUUCUGCAAGACCAAGAAGGGGCCCCCACUGGAUGGGACCGAGUGUGCACCUGGCAAGUGGUGCUUCAAAGGUCACUGCAUCUGGAAGUCCCCGGAGCAGACAUACGGCCAAGAUGGAGGCUGGAGCUCCUGGACCAAGUUUGGGUCGUGUUCGCGGUCAUGUGGGGGCGGGGUGCGAUCCCGCAGCCGGAGCUGCAACAACCCCCCCCCAGCCUAUGGAGGCCGCCCGUGCUUAGGGCCCAUGUUCGAGUACCAGGUCUGCAACAGCGAGGAGUGCCCUGGGCCCUACGAGGACUUCCGGGCCCAGCAGUGUGCCAAGCGCAACUCCUACUAUGUGCACCAGAACGCCAAGCACCGCUGGAUGCCCUACGAGCCUGAGGACGAUGCCCAGAAGUGUGAGCUGAUCUGCCAGUCGGCGGACACAGGGGAUGUGGUGUUCAUGAACCAAGUGGUUCACGAUGGGACACGCUGCAGCUACCGGGACCUGUACAGCGUCUGUGCACGUGGCGAGUGUGUGCCUGUUGGCUGUGACAAGGAGGUGGGGUCUAUGAAGGCAGAUGACAAGUGUGGAGUCUGCGGGGGUGACAACUCCCACUGCAGGACUGUGAAGGGGACGCUGGGCAAGGCCUCCAAGCAAGCAGGAGCUGCCAAACUGGUGCAGAUCCCGGCAGGUGCCAGGCACAUCCAGAUUGAGGCACUGGAGAAGUCCCCCCACCGCAUUGUGGUGAAGAACCAGGUCACCGGCAGCUUCAUCCUCAACCCCAAGGACAAGGAAGCCACAAGCCGGACCUUCACUGCCAUGGGCCUGGAGUGGGAGAAUGCAGUGGAAGACGCCAAGGAAAGCCUCAAGACCAGUGGGCCCCUGCCUGAAGCCAUCGCCGUCCUGGUGCUCCCCCCAGCUGAGGGUGGCCCCCGCAGCAGCCUGGCCUACAAGUACGUCAUCCAUGAGGACCUGCUGCCCCUCAUCGGGAGCAACAAUGUGCUCCUGGAGGAGACGGACACCUAUGAGUGGGCGCUCAAGAGCUGGGCCCCCUGCAGCAAGGCCUGUGGAGGAGGGAUCCAGUUCACCAAAUACGGCUGCCGGCGCAGACGGGACCACCACAUGGUGCAGCGGCACCUGUGUGACCACAAGAAGAGACCCAAGCCCAUCCGCCGGCGCUGCAACCGGCACCUGUGCUCCCAGCCUGCGUGGGUGACAGAGGAGUGGGGCACCUGCAGCCGGAGCUGUGGGAAGCUGGGGCUGCAGACCCGGGGGGUACAGUGCCUGUUGCCCCUCUCCAAUGGAACCCACAAGGUCAUGCCGGCCAAAGCCUGCCCCGAGGACCGGCCUGAGGCCCGAAGGCCCUGUCUCCGUGUGCCCUGCCCAGCCCAGUGGCGGCUGGGAGCCUGGUCCCAGUGCUCUGCCACCUGCGGAGAAGGCAUCCAGCAGCGGCAGGUGGUGUGCAGGACCAAUGCCAACAGCCUCGGGCAGUGCGAGGGGGAUAGGCCAGACACCGUCCAGGUCUGCAGCCUGCCAGCCUGUGGAGGAAAUCACCAGAACUCCACGGUGAGGGCUGACAUCUGGGAACUUGGGAUGCCAGAAGGGCAAUUGGUGCCACCAUCUGGACCCCUACAUCCUGUUAACAAGAUAUCAUCAACAGAGCCCUGCACGGGGGACAGGUCCGUCUUCUGCCAGAUGGAAGUGCUCGAUCGCUAUUGCUCCAUUCCCAGCUACCACCAGCUAUGCUGUGCGUCCUGCAUCAAGAAGGCCUCAGGCCCCAACCCUAGCCCAGACCCUGGCUCGACUUCACUGCCCUCCUUCUCCACUCCUGAGAGCCCCUUACCAGGACCCAAGCCCCCUCCAGAUGCUGUGGAGCCCUCUGGAAAGCCAAUAGGAUCCGAGGACCAUCAGCAUGGCCAAGCCACACCGCUCCCAGGAGCUCUGGACACAAGCUCUCCAGGGACCCAGCAUCCCUUUACCCCAGAGAAACUGAGCCCUGGAGCAUCCUGGAGCAUCUCCGCUACCACCCCCGGGGCGCUGCCUUGGGGAUGGACUCAGACACCUAUGCCAGUCUCCGAAGAUAAAGGGCAGCCUGGAGAAGGCCUGAAGUAUCCGGGCACCAGCCUCCCUGCCGCCUCCCCAGUGACAUGAGCUGCGCCCUGCCAUCCCACCAGGCACAUUUACACUCUGCGUGCUGCCCCACGACCCCCAGCUCAGAGGACACACACAGUGGGGCAGGCGCAAGCACAGACUUCAUUUUAAACAAUUCUCCUUCUUGUUCUCGUUUGGGGCUGUGAUGCUCUUUACCCCACAAAGCGGCGUAGGAAGAAGGCAAAGAUCAGGGAAAGCCCUAAUCAGAGAUACCUCAGCACGCUGCCCCCGGCGGCCGGUCUGACCCCCUCAGGGCUCCUGUGGGUCUCCCCUGCCGGGACCAGGGUCACCUAUUGCCCCCUCCUCACAGACCCUGGGCCCAGGCAGGUCUGAACCCUGCUGGUCUGAAGCUGGAAGCUGGAAGCUAUCAGGGCUGCCUGCCUUCCUGGAACUGUGAGGACCCCUGUGGAGGCCCUGCCUACUUGGCCCCUCUCCCCAGAAAGGCAGAGCAGGGCCAGGGGAGGUGGGGGGCUGUUCACAGCCAGGCCCAGAGGAAGGGGGCCUGGGAAUGUGGUGUGAGGCCUCCCAGCUGCAGGGCCGGGGCGGGUGGGACCCGAGAUGAUCGCAGGCCCAGCUCCUGGAAGCUGAGAGCUUCAUGCAGUUCUACCAGCCUAGGCCAGGCAGCAGAGGCCAGUUUGUCUUUGCUGGCCAGGGGAUAGUGCUCAUAGCCACACUCUGGCCCUGCAGAUGUCACUUGUGUUACUUCAGGUGACUUCAGGUACAGACUGGCCUCCCAAUCCCACCCUCAGCCCACCAGAGGAGGGGACUCAGGACACCAUGGAUCCCAAGUCCUCAGCAUCCAGGGUUUUCCAAACUGGUGCUCAACCCCUGGCUUGACCAGGAUGGCGACUUCAGUCAUCACUCCCAACCUGGAAGGGGACUCUGUGGGACACAGAAGGGACGCCACUUCUCAGGCUGUCUCUUCAAUCGUUGCCCUUCGCCAAAGAUCACUCCUGCUAGAGUUGGGCGUCUUUGUCUCCCACGUGGCUCAAGCUGGGCCAGAGUCUGUGGUUCUCCCAGAGGUGGUCAGACCCCAGGGCUGAGGACCAGAGUCCACUCAUAGCCUGGCCCUAGAGAUGACAAGGGCCACCCAGGCUGAGUGCCCCAGGGCAGGGUGCCAGCCCCUGGUCUGGUGCUGGGGUGGGGAAGAUACACUGACCAUGGUGCUGUAAGGGCCUCAGCGUGUCCACGCUACCUCCAAGGGACAGAUAACAGCCUUAGAUACUCUGGCACUCAGGAAGUGGCUCGGGUUCCCAGGACACCUCCAGGGUCAUGGAGGGUGUCUCCCAGACUCCUGCCAGGGAAUAAAGGUGCUUCUCACUCCUUCCUUCCCAAGGCAAGGGGAAGUGGGCCCCUGGCCUGCAACCCCUUUGGAGGUAGAGGUCCUGGAGGGCCCCCCGGUGCUCCCUCCCCCUGCCACCCUCCUCUCCCUGCGAUACUGGGGCACACAUGGAGUCAUUCCUGUGAGAACCAGCCUGGCCUGUCUUAAACUCUUGUGCCUUGGAAAUUCAGAUCUUUAAAUUUUUGUGUAUUUAUUAACAUUGCCUUUGGAUCCCAAAAA